AGAUGUAUCAAUUGAAGAAACUGUAAAAGCAGCUGAAUUUUUUCUAUCUGAUGGAGUAAUUUUAACCGGUACUUCAACAGGAAAUCCAGCCAGUAUCACAGAACUUCACAAAGCAAAACUGCAUGCAAAAGGACCAGUCAUUAUUGGAUCAGGAAUCACAUCUGAGAAUCUGCACGACUAUAUAGCAGCUGACGCUUUAAUUGUAGGAUCAUAUUUCAAAAGAAAUGGAAACUGGGAAGAGGAACUGGACUUCAACAAAGUGAAGCUUUUUAUGGAGACAGUGAAAAAAGAGAGGGGAAAAUGAAGAAAAGAAAUGUAACAUCUUACUGAUUUUAUUUUCACUUAUGUAAAAAAUAAACAAUAUGCUUUAAAAAAA